AUGGUUCAGCCAGGAUCUCAGGUUACGAGCGCAUCAGUUGAGGAGGUCGUGGAUGAAGAAUAUGCACUGAAGGCAUCAGCGAACUUUACCUGCGGUGGCGAGCCACUAAAGUUGAACGGGUCAAUAGUGCCAGAUCCCUACAAAGUUUACCUAUGUCAUAUCCACAAGCACAGUGAGCCAGACCAGCUUAUGGUGGCAAAGGAGUCACAUGCAGUACGUUUGGUCUUUAACCUUGUUGACAACAAGGAGAAUGUCGAGGCCAUCGUUGACCCAGGAUGCCAGAUUGUUGUGAUGUCAGAGAAUGUAUGCCAUGCUCUAAGACUUAUUUAUGAUCCUACGGUCAAGUUGAAUAUGCAGUCCAUGAAUGGCGAAGUCAAUCAGUCUCUCAGUAUCAUACGCAACAUACCAUUUCAGAUCGGAGAGAUCGUUUUAUAUCUCCAGAUCCAUGUUAUCCAUGCAGCAGCAUACGACAUACUAUUGGGCAGACCAUUUGAUGUGCUCACUGAGAGUGUCGUCAAGAACUUCUUCGAUGAGAAGCAGACCAUCAUGAUCAUGUGUCCCAAUACUGGACAGGUCACAACGAUACCUACGUUCACGCAGAUUGAGAAGGCAUUAAACUGGAAGAUGCGACCAUGGUACAUUGGGCCAUACGUGGUUCUACUGCGUAACAAGGGAGGAGCCUAUGUACUGGCCAAAUUAGAUGGCGCCAUGCUCGAUCAGCCCGUUGGUGCAUUUCGGGUCAUCCCAUUCCUAGCUAGGAAGAAGAUCAUCAUGCCAGAAGAAGUAUUGGAUGUAACAAAGAAACAACUAGAAGAGAUAAAGAAGGCAGAAGAGCCAGGGGAUGAGGAGGAAGAACAAGAACAAGGAGAAAGUGACAAUGAACAAAGCGGAAAUAAAUGA